CCCAAGUUUCUACUUAAUGGGCAAGGCGGAAAUCGGAGGCGGGUGCCAUGGACGCUGCGAACCUUGAAGCGACUGGGAAUGAGAGGGGCCUAGAGGAGACAAAGCGACAACCCCAAUCGUCCGUCUUAUUCCCUCUCUUCCCAUCCUCCGACCUCUCUCCAUCUCUUCCUGAGACGUCCGAACCCGCGAAAUGGCUAUGCAACCCCAGCUUCACCUUCGAUGUAUCCGAAGUACCCACCAUCGCUACGGCUGCCGUCCCAAUGGCGGUCCCUUUCGAAAACUCGGACGAAGAAGAGGCAGCAGCACCAAGGAAACCGUACUAUGAGCCCGUGUCAUCGCCGUCUUCGUCGGAAUCAGAGCGGCCUUCAGAGCGGAAAGAGAAAGGGAGGCGGAGAAAGAGAAAGAGAGCGAUGGGGAGGGAAAAGCUAAGUCAUGAAUCUUCUAGAAAGUCGGGUGUUCGAGCUUGGAUUGGUUCUGAAACAAAGCCUGGCAAGGAUUAUUACUUUGAUGUUCAUGGGGAUCGGGAUAAUUUAGCGUUUGGUUGUCUCUACAGAAUGGAUGUUGCGCGACACAAGCUUCAGAACCAUUCAGAUCUUUCAGAGUUUGAUUUUGAGCUCCUAUACCAUCGGCGAUCUUCAAUUUCAAGCAUUGAUAAUGAUCAUGACCUUGAUGUUUUGGAUACCAAAUUAAAAGGAGGCCGCUACUAUUCUGUGAAAUUUACAGCCUUAGAAAGGCACAAGGGCUUCAAACAUAUAAAAGUUGUUAAGAAGAAGCCCUCCUUGAUUCCAGACGAGUACAUUCCUCUAGUGGAACUUCAUAUUACCACUGAAAAUGGCAGGAAUGAGUUAAAUUCACAUGUUGAGCUUGAGGAAUCUUGGGAGGAUGAAUUACUACGAAGAACAAGAGAGCUAAACAAAAUGUCUAGAGACUUCCCUCAUGAUGAGAAAGUAUGGCUAGCUUUUGCUGAAUUUCAGGAUAAAGUUGCAAGCACUCAGCCACAAAAAGCAGCUCGAUUGCAGACGCUUGAGAAGAAGAUAAAUAUUUUAGAAAAGGCUGUUGAGCUUAAUCCGGAUAAUGAAGAAUUGUUGCUUUGUCUUUUGAAGUCAUAUCAAGAGCGGGAUACCACUGAAUCUCUCAUGGAAAAAUGGGAGAAAGUGCUUAUGCGACAUUUUGAUAGUGUCAUGUUAUGGAAAGAAUUCUUGCUUGUCCGUCUGGGGGAGUUUUCCCAGUUUAAAGUAUCUGAUAUUAGAAAAACUUAUGGUCAUGCCAUCCAGGCUCUGUCCUCAGCUUGCAACAAGCUUUGUAGGCAGGGCUACCAAUCUAACGAUUUGAAUUCUAAAGAUUCUUCUUUGGUUCAAUUAGAGCUUGGUCUAGUUGAUAUAUAUACUAAUUUGUGCCGAUUUGAAUGGCAAACUGGACACCAAGAGUUAGCUACUGGAUUAUUUCAAGCAGAAAUUGAGUACAGUUUGUUUUGCCCUUCUUUACUUCUCAGCUCACAUAGUAAACAAAAACUCUUUGAACACUUCUGGAACAGUAGUGGUGCCAGACUUGGUGAGGAUGGAGCUCUUGGGUGGUCUACAUGGUUGGAAAAAGAGGAGCAGAAUAGGAAAGAAACUAUUUCUGAAGAAAUAGUGGAGGAGUCUGAAGGAGGCUGGUCUGGUUGGAUGGAUCCUUUUUCUAAGGAGUCUACAGCUAAGGAAGAGAAUUCAGGGAAGCGUUUGGAUGUCGAGAGUACUGAAGACAAUCCUGAUAAUGAAUUUACUCCUCUGACUGAUGAUGUUGAAACAUUGUUAAAGAAGCUUGGGGUUGAUGUAGAUGCUGAUCCUCGUACUGAGGUUAAAGAUACAAUAACUUGGAAAAAAUGGUCGCAGGAGGAGCUAUCAAGGGAUUCAGAGCAAUGGAUGCCUAUUCGUGAACAUUCUGGAAAUUGUGGAAGCUUGGCCUCACCUUACCCUGAGGAUAUUCAAGAUAUGGACAGAGAUCAGCUUUCAAGGGUGAUUUUGUUCGAAGAUGUAAAUCAAUAUUUAUUUUCUCUGUGCUCUAAUGAAGCCCGAUACUCUUUGAUCUCUCAAUUUAUUGAAUUCUUUGGUGGAAAAAUUCCUCGGUGGACAUGCACAAACAAUGCGAGUUGGUUGGAAAAAGUUCUCAGCCUAGAAUCAUUGGAAGAUUCUAUUUCAGAAGAUUUAAGAGAUGCUUCUAAUGUGUGUAAUGGAGCCGAGCAUCCAGUUCCUAUGGUAUUAGAAUCUCUCUUGGGCAGCAACAGUGAUAUAAGUAGGAAUACAAGUAUCAUGGUGUUUCUUCGAAAUGCAAUUUUGCUAUGUCUAAAUGCUUUCCCACGUAAUCAUAUAUUGGAGGAGGCCCUUAUUACUGUUGAAGAGUUAUCUUUUUCUCAAAUGAGUACUUCUAUUUCCUCCACCAAGCCGUCGCGAGCUCUGGCCAAGUCUCUGUUGAAAAAAGAUCGUCAGGACUUGUUGCUUUGUGGUGUUUAUGCACGAAGUGAGGCUGCUUAUGGGAAUAUCGAUAUUGCAAGGAAAAUUUUUGACAUGGCUUUAUCAUCUGCCAAUGGACUACCCAUGGAGCUUAUGGAACACAUUCCACUUUUAUACCUCUGGUAUGCGGAGAUGGAAAUGGCAGCAUGUAACUCAAGCAGUAAUGCUGGGCAAUUCUCGCAACGUGCAGUGCAUAUACUAUCCUGUUUAGGUGGUAAACUUAAGUACAGCCCUUUUACAGCCGAACCAUCUGGUUUAGAUAUUCUGAGAGCACGACAAGGAUUCAAGGAACAAGUUAAAAACAUGCGUUCUGCUUGGGCUCAUGGUGAUGUGAAGGAAUCUUCAGUUGCUCUCAUUCGCUCAGCAUCUUUGUUUGAGCUCUUAACCACUGGGUGGUCUGCUGGUAUUCAAAUUAUAAAGGAAGCUUUCUCCAUGGCACUUCCAGAAAGAAGAAGUCAUAGUUUGCAGCUUGAAUCUUUGUGGAUGCACUAUUUAAGAACACUUAAAAAAUAUAUCAAGCAGUUAAAGUUCUCAGGAGUGUGGGAAGUCGUAGCACAGAGCUUACAAAUGUACCCUUACAAUCCAAAAAUUUUUAGUACCAUGGUGGAAGUCAGUUGUCUUUUCACUGCCAGGCACAAAGUUCGACAGUUGUUUGAUGAAUAUAUGCAAAGGAAACCAUCUGUGAUUGUAUGGCUCUUUGCAUUGGCAUUUGAAUUAGGUAAACCUGGAACUGAACAUAGAGUUCACGGUUUGUUUGAGAAAGCACUGGCAAUUGAUAAAUUUCAGAAGUCGGCACUACUUUGGCGCUGUUAUCUAGCUUAUGAAACGGACAUAGCAUGCAAUCCUUCUGCAGCCAGGCGGAUUUUCUUCAGGGCUAUUCAUGCCUGUCCAUGGUCAAAAAGGUUAUGGCUUGAUGGGUUUCAGAAACUAAGCUCGAUAUUGUCCGCAAAGGAGUUAUCGGAUUUGCAGGAAGUCAUGCGUGACAAAGAAAUACACCUUAGAACUGACAUCUAUGAAAUCCUUCUACAAGAUGAAAUGGAGGUAUGAUGCGAACCUCAUUUUGGUACUACUUCACACUGUAUAAUAAUACUGGCGUAUCCAGCUUUCCAUAAAGAUGAUAUAGUGAUCUUGCUCGGUUGUGAAAAAUUGUUACUUUGUCCAGCUUUUGCACAAAAAAGAUUUCAACCGCCUUUUUAUUAUAUGGCCCGGCAUAUUUUUAGGCUUUUGCAAACGCACCAACAAGAUACCUUGAUUUGUGUGCAAAGUUGAAAAUUGUUGCAUACAAUUAUUUUGUGUAAACACUUUCAAGGUCUUUUUUUACCAAAAAGAGCAUUAUUAAAUUCUCUUAUGGAAGGCCACGUAGAUGAAGCUAUGUAUUAUUGUCUUGCAUAAAAUAUUCAACCUGCAACAUUUUGUAACAAUGUGGCAAUACGUAUAUCAUAGAGCGCAGUUCAGUCUCUCGAAGGUAUGAGCUCAUUGCCACGAGUCAUAGCAAGACAAGUUUAAUGUGACACGCCUUUCAAUCAUCUCA